AUGGCCGCCAACUACUGGACGUCCACGCAGCGCAAAUACUGGACAUUCACGCCCGAGAAGCUUGCCGAGAUCCGCGAUGACUUGGACCGCCAGGCCGCCAAAGCCAUCGAGCAGCACCCGUACCCCGACCGAAGACUCAUGUUUAUAUUCCUGCGAGAUCGACUUCUACAGCUGGCUAAGCGCCUGCCGUUCCGGCAACAAUGCGUGGCGACGGCAUUGGUCUACCUGCACCGAUAUUUUCUGUCGACCCCCAUGCAGAAUGUGAAUUUGUAUCUGCUCACGGCGACGGCGUUCUAUCUUGCGUCAAAGACCGAGGAGUCGCCUCACCACAUUCGCCUGGUCGCCGCCGAAGCUCGACAAGCGUGGCCCGAGUUUGUGCCCGGCGACGUAUCGAGAUUGGGCGAGAUGGAGUUCUGCCUCAUCUCGGAAAUGCAUUCGCAGCUGAUCGUCUGGCAUCCCUAUCGGUCUUUGAUCGCUCUUAAGGAGAACCAGGACCUCAAGCUCUCUAAUGACGAGCUAGGCCUGGCCUGGUCAAUCAUCAAUGAUAGCUACAUGACCGAUCUACCGCUGACUUGUGCACCGCAUCUCAUUGCCAUCAUUGCCAUGUUCCUCGCUGUGGUUUUCUUGCCAACCGCAAAAGCAGCCGGGACCUUGCGCCCAAUAUCUCAUGACACUCUUGCCAAUCCCGACUCGGGCCCCUUUUCUUCGUUAGUCGGUCGCCAGGCCCUCUCGGGCUCUUUCAACGCCGUGAUCGGAAAUUUGCAAAUGUCGAAUCACCCGGGGUCUCAGACCAACCCCGCUCCUAAUGGCAAAGCUCGAGCCUCACUCAACGAUUCAAGUUCGCAGCGUGUUGACAGGGAGAAGACCAUCGCCGCCAUCAAGGAAUCCGAGAAGCUGCAGAACAUCAUGAGGUUCCUUGUGGAAUCGGGCAUCGACAUCGAACAAAUGAUCGAGAGCACUCAGGAGAUGAUCAGUCUGUACGAUGUUUGGGAGCAGUACAGCGAGAAGAGCAUUAAGGAUACUGUUUCUCGCUGUCUGAAAUCCCGCGCUCUGGAUAACUGA